UUUGAGGCCAGUGCGGCAGGAAAAGCGCAGGGGAGACGCCGCCGUGAUCGAGGGAGAGGAAAAAAUACAAACAGUUAUGAUGAACAAUUCUGGACAAGGACAACCUUUUCCGUUUACUUAUAACUUAUAAUUGAACUAUUCCAGCGAAUAGAAGUCGGACAAAUGCGCGACCCGUUUCGUAGAUAGACAUAGCCACUGUAUGCUUGGCAACCUGAAGAUAAUGUCAGGGAAUCAAUGGAUGAAAAUCCCCAAAACUACUGCAGUUGCCUGGCUGGAAUUCUCGUCUCGUACUGAGAGUAUCGAACACUUGGAAAUAAAAACGGUUAACUUAUAAGGACCACGGGAAGGAGCCACAACAUAUCUGAGUGUGAGGAAUUAUAACGGUGUCCAGUCGGUAUUUGGCUAGAUAACGCAUUUAAAGUUUGAACGGAAAGAACAGUUUUGCUGCAUCGAAUUCCUUUGGACGGGAUGUCAUCUGCCACCGGUAGAAUUCCACGAGCUAACCGACCAUCUCCCUCUCUGUAAAGGAGGCCGAGCGAGCCAGGCGUGAAGAUGAGUGAUGCGGCAGAUACCAAGGGGUUGAGGCGAACCUUUAUCGUCCCCUCGAUCAAGGCUUUUGAUCACUAUGAUUUCACAAGGGCCAAAAUAUACUGUAGUUUGACAUGGCUUGUGGCCAAAGCCUUCGGCUCAGAUGCGGUCCCGGAGGAGCUGGCGGACCCCUUCUACAGGGACCAGUACAGCCAGGAGCACCUGAAGCCCCCUGUGGCAUGCCUGCUGCUGUCCGCAGAGCUGUACUGCCGGGCGGGGAGCCUCAUCCUCCGCAGCGAUGCCGUCAAACCUCUGCUGGGACACAACGCCAUCAUCCAGGCCCUGGCACAGAAGGGACUGUACGUCACUGACCAGGACCGACUGGUCACAGAGAGGGACCUGACCGGCACACCCAUACACAUGAGUUCCCACCUGGCUCUGAUAGACACUCUGAUGAUGGCGUACACGGUGGAGAUGGUGAGUGUGGAGCGGGUGAUGGCCUGCGUCCACCGCUACUCCUCCCCUCCCAAUGACCUCUCCUCCCAUCCCGACGGAUACAUCAGGGACCUGCCCUACGACACAGAAGACGCAGUCACCACCUGGAUCAACAAGGUCAAUGAGCACCUCAGGGAGAUUCUGGUGGAGGAGCAGAGGUUGAGAGAGAGCUCCUGCCCUGAGAGCACAGCUACUGCAUCACAGAGGGCUCCAGACAAAUGGUAUUGGAGACUGGUACCUGCUCGCUAUAGGAGGGAGCAUGCUAAGCAGAGGUCAGCUCCCUCCCUCCCCCUGGUGGACAAUCUGCUAAAGGACAACACAGAUGGCUGUGCCCUGGCUGCACUCGUCCACUUCUACUGCCCAACGUCUGUCAGACUGGAAGAUAUCUGUCUGAAGGAGACCAUGUCGCUGGCUGACAGUCUGUACAACCUGCAGCUGGUGCAGGAGUUCUGCAGGGACAGCCUCAACCACUGCUGCCACUUCUCCCUGGAGGACAUGCUCUAUGCCCACUCUUCCAUCAAGAAUAACUACCUGGUGUUUAUGGCAGAGCUGUUCUGGUGGUUUGAGGUGGUCAAGCCUUCGUUUGUGCAGCCCAGAGUCUUUGACCCACAAGCCUGGGAUCUAGCUCCGUCAGCAAGGGCUAUGGCUCCUAUCUGUAGCCCAGCCAAACAGGACUUUGGGGACAGCCCAGAACACAAAAGACUUCAACCAGACUCUGCUUCAGGUGUGAUAAAGAGGACGGCAUCCAUGUCCUAUGUGGACGGCUGUGUGGGGACGUGGCCUAAGGAAAGACGGUCUAGGGGCAUCUCCUUUGAGAUUCCUUUGGACGGGGAUCCUAACGUCCCUCCCUGUUGGGGUCCCUCACUCCGGGACAUGACCCGCUCUGCCAGCACUGAGGGCCUGGGGCGGUUCAAAGUUCACCACGCACCCCAGGGGGACAUGAAGAGCCACCUCUCCUUUCAGCCAGUCAGUGUCAACGGCCCUAGCAGCACCGCAGGACACAUUACUGAGGGGGACUACAACAGGGACUCACCAAACUCCCACAAAGCACUGGGGCGCGGGCAGACUCAGCCACACAAGAACCGGAACAGAUAUUCCAAUGGUGUUCUCAAAGAGAACGGCAAUGGCGGCAGCGGCCCCGUCAGCCCGUCGAGCCCCCCUAGCAUCGAGGAGGCUCUGAAGAUCAUCCACGACACAGAGAAGCACCACGGCAGUCUGGGGCCCGGGGCCAACGGCUUCUUCCUCCACGAUGGAGCUGAACCUUCAGACCCAGGGGACGACCCUGAUGACUAUCCAGGAUCGGCUAAGGCCCGGGCAGACGAGGCCGACCCCUACUCAGCCUCUACGGAGGAAGUGGACACAGGGAUCCACGUGAAGUCGGAGGACAUCCAGGAGAGUUUGGAUGAGGACAAUUCUUCCCUCAGGGACUACUCUGAUAUGGACCCUGACUAUGAGGCUAUGACCCGAUCCUGUCCCUUACCAGAGGGGAAUGGAGAGAGGGGGGUGAGGAGCAGCCCAUACCCCACCUCGGUGUCCCCAGCCCCUUUGUCUCAUGCUCCCAGCCCUGCCUCGUCCUCGGGUGGUUCUGGCGGCGGACUGGUUCGCAUGACCAGCUUCGCCGAGCAGAAGUUACGGAAGCUGGAGGGGCGGAGCAGUGGAGGGACCACCCCCGAGAGCGCUGAACUCUACGUUCCCAACACGCCCCCCACACGAACUGCCACGCUCGAGAUCUCCAGCCCCACCCGCCCAGCCCAGACCCCGGCCACGCCCUCUCCCAGAGACCACACCCACCUGUUGCCGUCAGAUAUGGUGCACCUGAAGAUGAAGCUGGAGGAGAAACGCAGAGCCAUCGAGGCCCAGAAGAAGAAGGUUGAGGCAGCGUUCACCCGGCAUCGUCAGAAGAUGGGCCGGACAGCCUUCCUCAACGUGGUGCGAAGGAAAGGGGUGACCCCCUCGCCCACCAGCCCCAUCCCUGGGGGCCACGACCUGGACAAGCCCUCCCCAGAUCGCUUCUUCGCCCCUUCGGAAAGCCUGGGCCAGGCGGAGAGGUGCAAGCCCGACGGAGCCGCUCCCAAGUCCCCCUGCGAGGAGGGUGCAGGUGUCGGGGUUGGAGAGGUGGACCUGGGCGAGUACACUCGCUCCAUCGAGAGGCUGAACACGUCCCUGGGGUUCCUGCAGACGGAGAUGCAGCGGCUGGCCCAGCAGCAGGACAGGAUCAUGACCAUGAGGGAACAGCAACAGUCCUGGGUCAUACCUCCUCCAGCGCCCUCACCACACAGGCAGCUCCGGGAGCUCCGCAGCAACAGUGUAACCGGCCGGGGGUCCGUGGGGUCCUUGUCCCCAAUCUUGUCCUCGGCGGGUGGUUCCCCCCGCGCCGCCCACCGUUCCCCCGGCGGCCUCAAGCGCCGACCGGCCUCCUUCCAUGCCAGCACCCCUCACACCCCACGCACCCCACGCCCCACCGAGCUCAAGGUAACCCCCUUCCGACGGAUGCUCGACACCCCCACGUCCGUGGACAGUCUGCCCAGGCUGAGACGCUUCUCACCCAGCCAGACCCAGGUCACCUCCUUUGCCUACCUGGGACACGACGAAGGACCUGGGGCCACGGAGGGCAAGGAGAGAGGCGCCACAGGGGGAACAGAGGAGCCCCAAAACCAAACCAAACUACCUGAGACAGAGGUAGCGGGGGCGGGGAUAAGGAGUGCCGGCGCUCGUCCCUCCUCGCCCACCGCAGCGCCAGCCGAAGGGAGAGAGAAGGAGAGGAAGGAGGAGAGGAGAGACAGAGAGGUGCUGUCUCAGCCAGUGAGAGACCUGACGGAGGAGCCGGCGUCGUCGCUGAAGCCUUUGGGUGGACAGGGUCUCGAGACAAGUGGAGAGGGGGAGAACAGAGGAGAGCCGUACGGAGAGGACCAGAAAAUGUGCUGUGGUUUCUUCUUCAAGGACGAUGGGAAGGGAGAGGAGGACAUGGCGGUGAAGAGGGCUGCUCUGCUGGAGAAGAGGGUGAGGAGAGAGAAGGAGACGCAGGAGAAGAAACAGCAGCAGGAGCUGGAGCAGGAGCAGAAGAAGGAGGAAGCACGGCUGAAAGCGGAGGAGGAGCAGCAGAAGCGAGAGGACGACAAGCAGAGGAAAGACUACAUAAAGAACGAGUACAUGAGGAGGAAGCAUUUGAAGCAGGUGGAGGAUAUGGAUGUCAGGCCCCGCCAUGGAAGUCUCAAAAAGAAGCCCCGCCCAAAAUCCAUGCACAGGGACGUCAUGGAGUCACCCAAGCCACCUGCCAGAGCCACAGGUACUCGACCGCGUGGGUUCUCAGUCUCCAGCGUGUCCCUGGCCUCCCUCAACCUGGUUGACAACGACAGCAACGCCGGAGAUAAGAGGAUCCCCAGCAGUAAACUCGGCACUGUGAGAGGCCAUAUCUCUUUCUUUUUAAGCUCUCCCAAAGAGAGAAAGGGAAGGUCAGACUCUGCUAGGCCAGACUCUGCUAGGCCAGACUCUGCGGAGGGCAAUCUGUCGUCCUGCCCGUCUCGUAACGGAGAGAAGGACUGGGAGAACGAGUCCACAACCUCCUCCACUCCCUCCAACCAAGAGUACACAGGGCCAAAGCUGUACAAGGAGCCCAGUGCUAAGUCCAACAAGCAUAUCAUCCAGAACGCCCUGGCCCACUGCUGCCUGGCGGGCAAGGUCAACGAAGGACAGAAGAAUAAGAUAAUAGAUGAAAUGGAGAGGUCGGGGGCCAACAACUUCCUGGUUUUGUUCCGAGACACGGGUUGCCAGUUCCGCUCGGUGUACACCUACUGCCCUGAGACGGAGGAAAUCACCAAGCUGGCGGGCAUCGGGCCCAAGAGCAUCACAGCCAAGAUGAUCGAGGGCCUGUAUAAGUACAACUCAGACAGGAAGCAGUUCAGCCACAUCCCUGCCAAGACAAUGUCAGCUAGUGUAGACGCCAUCACCAUCGCCGCUCACCUGUGGCAGACCAAGAAGCAGGGCACGCCCAAGAAACUGGGUAGUCUCAAGUAGUCACCGCAACAACCCUGUUCAUACCAAACCCAGGAUAUUGUUGCUAGGUGUCCUGAGUUAUAGUUGAGGACUGAGGGGAGGCGUUGCGGGUUAUCCGACCCAGGAACGGCCAAAUGACCUGGGAUAUUACAGGGUCUGGUUUGGUAUGAACAGUGCUAAAGAGUCCAUCUUUCUAAUCUUCUUUCCCAUUCAGAUAUGUUAAUGAACACUUACACUUGGCAUUCCUUCUGGAUCUGAUAUCGGAUGUGCCGUUUAAUUUGAUGAAUAUGUGGUAGGUGGUUUUCUUCGAAACGGGACACUAUUGACUUUAUGCACAACUGGAAUGUAGGGGGAGAGAACAUCAACACAAGCCUCAAGGGACAUUGUUGUUGUUAUGCAAGACUGUGUGUGUGUGUGUGUGUGUGUGUGUGUGUGUGUGUGUGUGUGUGUGUGUGUGUGUGUGUGUGUGUGUGUGUGUGUGUGUGUGUGUGUGUGUGUGUGUGUGUGUGUGUGUGUGUGUGUGUGUGUGACCCAGAGUCAUUCUAAUGGUGCACGUGUGUACGUUCGUCAGCAUGCAUGGGUGCCCAUGUUCUUGUGUGCCAAAAAAUAAGGGGCUGAUGAAAGGCUUACUGAAUCGGACCACUGAAGCACUGAAUGUCAUUCCUUUCGAAAUAGACAGAGUUUGAGUUCCCUAUGUUCAUCAUGUGUGGCCUUAUGCUUGUUUUGUGGAAGCGCAGUGAUUAGGUCAUAUUUCAGCGCCAAAUGUGAUGUUUUUGUGAGUACAGGAUGAUACGUAUACGAGAGCUUGUUGAGAGUGGCUGUGUGUGAGGCUUGCUUUUCUCUGUGGCUGAAAGAUGACACUGAGAAGUUGGGUUUACAUAAUGUGUCAAUAGUUAAGUAGGUUGUCAUAACUUCCGAUAAGAACUAGAUUGUAAAAUCAGUGAUUAAGUAUAAUCUAGUUCACAGGAAUGUCAUCAACUGACUCUUAAUUUAUUGUAUGUUUUUGAUAAGGCUUUGGAAGUCUUUAAAGAUCCAAUGCAGCUGUUUUUAUCUCAAUAUCAAAUCAUUUCUGGGUAACAAUUAAGUACCAUAUUGUGAUUGUUUUAAAUGGUCAAAAAGAAACAAAAAUAGCUUAUUAGCAAAGAGCAAUUUCUCAAGCAGUAAUUUUGCUAGGACAGUCUGGGAGUGAGCUGUUAUUGACAGAGAGGUUUGGAACUCUUUUUUAUUGGUCUAGUAACUAAUUUACUGCAUGGUGAUGUCACUAUAGAAGGCCAAAACCCCUCCAACCAAAACAGGCUGAAAUUUCAGGAUGGUCUUUUCAAACAGCUCUUACACUAGAAGGGCAUUACCAUCCUUUUCACGAUAUCCCAGUAUUAUUCCAACCUCAUAGUGUGGACAUAUAUAUAAAACACAGGUAAAUUAUGCUUUUGACUGCACUGGGGCUUUAAAGGCUUUUAAAGUUUCAUCAACAGAGGUGCGUAACAUACUUUAAGACCAUAUAUAGUGUAUAAGUUCAUUUAAUUUGUAUAUAAUGGCUAUUCCAUUCAAAAUGAUUGAGUGAAACUAGCGUUUAUUAUUUAAUAUGGACGUAUAUAAACGUACUAUACUGUAUAUGGGGCCUUCUAUUGUUUAAAAAAUGCAAUGUAUGAUCCCUUUUCAAUGUCACUGGCAGGACAAUUUCAAGCUUCAGAAUAGAAGCAAGUUCCACAAAUUGUGUCAUGAGCCUGUGCAAUUCCGAGAAAAUAUCUUAUAAAAAUCCUUGUUGGCAUACAAUACCAGUCAAAAGUUUGGACACACCUACUCUUUCAUGGGUUUUUCUUUCUUUUUACUAUUUUCUACAUUGUAGAAUAAUAGUAAAGACAUCAAAACUAUGAAAUAACACAUAUGGAAUCAUGUUUUUUUUACGUUUAAAGUUUAUUUAACUAGGCAAGUCAGUUAUGAACAAAUUCCUAUUUACAAUGACAGCCUACUGGAGAACAGUGGGUUAACUGCCUUGUUCAGGGGUAGAAUGACAGAUUUGUACCUUGUCAGCUCGGGGAUUUGAUCCGGCAAUUCGGUCUUUCGGUUACUGGCCCAACACUCUAACCACUAGCCUACCUGCCACCCCCCAAAAACAUUCAAAAGAAUAAUGUAGUAACCAAAAAGUGUUAAACAAAUCAAAAUAUUAUUUUUUUAUUUGAUAUUCUUCACAGUAGCCACCUUUUGCCUUGAUGACAGCUUUGCACACGCUUGGCAUUCUCUCAACCAGCUUCAUGAGGUAGUCACCUGGAAUGCAUUUCAAUUAAUAGGUGUGCCUUGUUAAAAGUUAAUUUGUGGAAUUUCUUUACUUCUUAAUGCGUUUGAGCCAUCGUUUGUGUUGUGACAAGGUAGGGGUGGCCCUAUUUGGUAAAAGACCAAGUCCAUAUUAUGGCAAGAACAGCUCAAAUAAGCAAAGAGAAAUGACAGCCCAUCAUUACUUUAAGACAUGAAGGUUAAUCAAUCGGGAAAAUUCCAAUAACUUUGAAAGUUUCUUCAAUUGCAGUUGCAAAAACCAUCAAGCUCUAUUAUAAAACUGGCUCUGAUGAGGACCGCCACAGGAAAGGAAGACCCAGAGUUACCUCUGCUGCAGAGGAUAAGUUUGUUAGAUUGCAGCCCAAAUAAAUGCUUCAGAGUUCAAGUAACAGACACAUCUCAACAUCAACUGUUCAGAGGAGACUGCGUGAAUCAGGCCUUCAUGGUCGAAUUGCUGCAAAGAAACCACUACUAAAGGACACCAAUAACAAGAAGAGACUUGCUUGGGCCAAGAAACAUGAGCAAUGGACAUAAGACCAGUGGAAAUCUGUCCUUUGGUCUGAUGAGUCCAAAUUUGAGAUUUUUGGUUCCAAUCGCUGUCUUUUUGUGAGACGCAGAGUAGGUGAAUGGAUGAUCUCCACAUGUUUGUUCCCACCGUGAAGCAUGGAGGAGGAGGUGUGGUGGUGUCGGGGGUACUUUGCUGAUGACACUGUCAGUGUCCAGCAUGGCUACCACAGCAUUCUGCAGCGAUACGCCAUCCCAUUUGGUUUGCUCUUUGUGGGACUAUCAUUUGUUUUUCAACAGGACAAUGACCCAAAACACACCUGCAGGCUGUAUAAGGGCUAUUUGACCAAGGAGAGUGAUGGAGUGCUGCACCAGAUGACAUGGCUUCCACAAUCACCCGACCUCAACUCAAUUGAAAUGGCUUGGGAUGAGUUGGACCGCAGAGUGAAGGAAAAGCAGCCAACAAGUGCUCAGUAUAUGUAGGAACUCGUUCAAGACUGUUGGAAAAGCAUUCCUCAUGAAGCUGGUUGAGAGAAUGCCAAGAUUGUGCAAAGCUGUCAUCAAGGCUAAGGGUGGCUACCUUGAAGAAUCUUUGUUUAACACUUUUUUGAUUACUACAUGAUUCAAUAUAUGGUAUUUCAUAGUUUUGAUGUCUUCACUAUUAUUCUAAUGUAAUGUAGAAAAUAGUAAAAAUGAAGAAAAACCCUUGAAUGAGGUGUGUCCAAACUUUUGACUGGUAAUGUAUAUGUUUGGACCUCACAGAUAUUCAAAAGCCUUUUACUUUAUUGUGGAUAGUAUCUUUACUGUUGAAUUCCUAUUACACUUAAAGUAGUCCACAAUACGUAUGUGUACAUAUUCAAUAGAGAGUAAGGAAUAGAAUUUCAUGACUCUGUCCCACUGUAGAUUGCAGUAUUUGUAGUUGAUUUAAAUGCGUACUUACAUAAAUUAAGUAAAAUACAGAUCACAAAAACAUAAAACAUAUUUUUUCAGGACUUUCAAAACAUCUGUUACGUUCUGCUUCAACAUGUUACAUUGUUCUAACCUAUGAAAGGAAACUGACAUUUAUUAGUAUUUUAUUUUGGAGCAAAGCAGUGUUUACGCUGUACAUAUAUUUUGUCGUAUAAAGUAUUUUUUGUAAACCAUUUACCAUUUUGAGGUUUCAUAUGAGCAGCAUAUCUGUUGCAAAAGGAAAUGUAAAACCAUGAGAGGGUACAAUAUGUUUUGUAUGAGUGACGGGCAGGAAACGGAGAGAGAGAACUGACUGCAAACUGUUUCCACUGCAUACUCUAUUGUAGUGGAUAAUCAGAUAUGUGUGAGAUGCCAUUCUGUGUUUUCCCCAUCUAAAUGUGUUUUAUUUUAACCUUGUCAAUAUGAUCAUGUAUUUGUUAUUUUUUAUAAAUUCCUUUGAACAAUAUUAAAAUGCAAAUGUUCAUCAA